CCUUUAACACCUUCUCAGACUCCGAGUUCUAACGUUUCUAAUGGAAUUAAUGCACUUAAACCUUAUGAUAUUAGUAUUAACCACGAUAAUGACAAUGAUAUUAUAGACUUUUCGAAUUCUAUUCCACUUGCUAUAAUUUCAAUUAUAGUUAGUAUUAUUAUUCUUGGGUUAGAUUUGUUUUUAGUUUUUACCACAAUUAAGGAUGCUAUUACUGGAUAA